AUGAGCAGUAACAGCAAGAAAGUGUCGGGAGGGAAGGACGACAAGAAGAGCCCCUCGAGCAAAGAGGAGAGCCCCGUGGUCGGCAAGGAUGACGCCGGUGGAUCGUCCUCGACGGGAAGUACCGGCGCCUCCGCCGCCGGUGCAACGAAUCCGGAUGCAACACAGCCCGGAAGUAAGCCUGGAUCGGCCGGGGCAACAGCGAGGGAAGCCGCGCAAAAGCUCCUCGGGGUUGCCGCGCGCGGAGAAUGGGCACCGGUGGACCAGCUGCUCAAAUCUCUGGAGAAGACGGUGCAGAACGUCGGGGAGGAUGGCACGCUGGCGCCUCUCGCCGGUCUCAUGGACCCGGUGACGGGCAUGACGCCGCUGAUGUACGCUGUGAAAGACAAUCGGACGGCGUUGCUCGACCGGAUGAUCGAGCUGGGAGCGGACGUGGGCGCGAGAAACAACGACAAUUACAAUGCUCUCCACAUCGCGGCCAUGUACUCCAGGGAGGACGUCGUCAAGCUGCUGUUGUCGAAACGCGGCGUCGAUCCGUACGCCACUGGAGGGCCGAAACAACAAACUGCGGUGCAUUUGGUCGCGUCGAGACAAACGGGCACAGCGACGUCGAUUCUUCGAGCGCUAUUGGCCGCCGCCGGACGAGACAUCAGACUGAAAGUCGACGGGAAAGGGAAGAUACCACUGUUAUUAGCGGUGGAAGCUGGCAACCAGUCGAUGUGUCGGGAACUGUUGUCUCAACAGGCACCGGAACAGCUUCGAACCACCACCCCGACAGGAGACUCCGCGCUUCAUCUGGCGGCCAGAAGAAGGGACAUCGAUAUGGUCCGGAUAUUGGUAGACUACGGGGCGACUGUGGACAUGCAAAAUGGGGACGGGCAAACGGCACUGCACAUCGCUAGCGCUGAGGGCGACGAGACCCUGGUCAAGUACUUUUACGGUGUAAGGGCCUCCGCCUCGAUCACCGAUCACCAGGAUCGUACUCCCAUGCAUCUGGCCGCAGAGAACGGACACGCAACGAUAAUCGAAUUGCUCGCGGACAAGUUCAAAGCCAGUAUAUUCGAGAGGACCAAGGACGGGUCCACGUUGAUGCACAUCGCCUCGUUGAACGGCCACUCGGAGUGCGCGACGAUGCUCUUCAAGAAGGGCGUCUACUUGCAUAUGCCGAACAAACGUGGCGCCCGGUCGAUUCACACAGCGGCCAAGUACGGUCAUGUCGGGAUCAUAAGCACUCUGCUGCAACGGGGCGAGAAGGUAGACGCGACGACCAACGACAAUUACACGGCAUUGCACAUUGCCGUGGAGAACGCGAAACCGGCAGUCGUCGAAACUCUGUUGGGAUACGGUGCAGAAGUACACGUCAGGGGCGGCAAGCUUCGCGAGACUCCUCUUCAUAUUGCGGCCAGGGUGCCGGACGGUGAAAGAUGCGCGUUGAUGCUGCUGAAAUCUGGAGCCGGACCGAAUCUGACCACCGACGACGGUCAAACACCUGUCCACGUAGCGGCUAGUCACGGAAACCUAGCCACGUUGUUGCUGCUCCUCGAGGACGGCGGGGAUCCCAUGUACAAGUCGAAGAACGGUGAAACGCCGUUGCACUUGGCUUGCCGCGGUUGCAAGGCGGACGUGGUGCGGCACCUGAUCCAGUUCGUGAAGGAGAGGAAGGGCCCGGAAACGGCGACUGCCUACGUGAACAGCGUGACAAACGAGGGCGCGAGCGCUCUGCAUUACGCCGCCCAGAUCGAACCGUCGGAAGUCGUGGUUCCCGGUGACGAUCGAGCGGUGGUUCGCGCCCUACUGGAGGGCGGAGCGGAUGUCUCUCUGCAAACGAAACAGACGCAGGAAUCGGCUUUCCAUUAUUGCGCGCUCGCCGGCAACAACGAGGUGUUGUCCGAGAUGAUUAGUCGUAUGUCCGCGACCGAGGUGCAGAAAGCGUUGAACCGUCAGAGCGCGGUCGGCUGGACGCCGUUGCUAAUUGCGGCGCACCGUGGCCAUAUGGAGCUGGUCACAACAUUGCUGGCGAAUCACGCCAGGGUCGACGUGUUCGAUCUCGAGGGACGAUCUGCCCUUCAUCUAGCGGCGGAACACGGUUACCUACAGGUCUGCGAUGCGUUACUCGCGAACAAAGCGUUCAUAAACUCGAAGUCGCGGGUCGGUCGAACAGCGUUGCAUCUGGCGGCGAUGAACGGUUACUCGCAUCUCGUCAAGUUUCUGAUCCAAGACCACGGCGCCGCUAUAGACGUUCUCACGUUACGAAAACAAACGCCUCUUCACUUGGCAGCUGGGGCUGGCCAGUUGGAGGUGUGCAAACUUCUGCUGGAACUCGGCGCGAGCAUAGACGCUACCGACGAUCAGGGCCAGAAACCGAUCCACGCGGCGGCGAUGAACAAUUACGCGGAGGUCGCCCAGCUGUUCUUGCAACGGCAUCCGAGUCUGGUGAUGGCGUGUACCAAAGACGGGAACACUUGCGCCCACAUAGCUGCGAUGCAGGGCAGCGUGCGAGUGAUCGAGGAGCUGAUGAAAUUCGACCGGCAAGGUGUCAUCUCCGCGCGUAACAAGCUGACGGAGGCGACGCCGCUUCAGCUCGCGGCCGAGGGAGGACACGCGGAGGUGGUGAAAGCGUUGGUCAGAGCUGGCGCGUCGUGCGCGGACGAGAAUCGUGCGGGAUUCACCGCGGUGCAUCUUGCCGCCCAACACGGGCAUGGUCAGGUGUUAGAAGUUAUGCGAUCAUCCACGUCUCUUCGUAUAUCCAGCAAGAAACUCGGCGUUACAGCUCUUCACGUGGCUGCUUACUUCGGACAAGCUGACACUGUACGUGAAUUGCUCACCUAUGUACCGGGUACGGUGAAAUCCGAUCCACCGACCAGUGGAUCCCUCGUAGGGGAGCUGGGCUCGGAAUCUGGGAUGACGCCGUUGCACCUGGCCGCCUAUUCCGGGAACGAGAACGUGGUCCGGCUGUUGUUGAAUUCCGCCGGUGUCCAGGUGGAGGCAGCCACGACCGAGAACGGCUUCAAUCCGCUUCAUUUGGCCUGUUUCGGCGGUCACAUCACCGUGGUGGGAUUGCUUCUGAGCAGAUCGGCGGAGCUGUUGCACAGCGCGGAUCGUUACGGGAAAACCGGUCUGCACAUCGCGGCGACCCACGGACAUUACCAGAUGGUCGAGGUGCUUCUGGGCCAGGGGGCGGAAAUAAACGCGACCGACAAAAACGGUUGGACCCCGUUGCAUUGCGCCGCACGGGCCGGUUAUCUCGAUGUUGUUAAGCUGCUCGUGGAGAGCGGCGCAUCGCCGAAGAGCGAGACCAAUCUCGGUUGCGCGCCGAUUUGGUUCGCCGCCUCGGAGGGCCACAACGACGUGCUCAAGUAUCUCAUGGAGAAGGAGCACGAUACAUAUGCCCUGAUGGACGAUAAGAGGUUCGUCUAUAACAUGAUGGUGUGCAGUAAGAGCCACAACAACAAGCCCAUAGAGGAAUUCGUGUUGGUGUCACCGGCACCGGUAGACACCGCCGCGAAACUCUCCAAUAUCUACAUGAAACUGUCGGAGAAAGAGAAGGAAAGAGCGAAGGAUUUGAUCGCGGCUGGGAAACAGUGCGAGGCGAUGGCUACGGAACUGUUGGCCCUUGCGGCGGGCGCGGAUUCCGCUGGGAAAAUUCUCACUUCGAUGGAUCGACGGAACGUCGAGUUCUUGGACGUUCUGAUCGAGAACGAGCAGAAGGAAGUGAUCGCGCACACGGUCGUGCAGCGGUAUCUGCAGGAGCUCUGGCAGGGCAGCCUGAACUGGAACGCGUUCAGGACGAUCCUGUUGUUCAUCGCGUUCCUCGUAUGCCCACCUGUCUGGGUGGUGUUCGCUCUUCCCCUCGGCCACAAGUACAACAACGUGCCGAUCAUAAAGUUCAUGUCGUACCUCACGUCCCAUAUUUAUCUGAUGGUCUUCCUGUUGCUGGUCGGCAUAAUUCCUAUAUACCCGGUGGUCAGAGCGAGCCUGUUGCCGUACUGGUACGAGUGGUGUCUGCUCGUGAUGCUAUCCGGACUGUUGCUAUUCGAGCUUACCAAUCCGAGCGACAAGAGCGGCCUCGGCUGGAUCAAGCUGGCGGUGUUGCUGUUCGGGAUCUUCGGGGUCGCUUUCCAUCUGAUGGGUUUCGUAAUCGUUAGCCGACCCUACUGGCCGACCCUCCUAUACCUGAGGAACCAACUGUUCGCGCUCAGCUUCCUGUUGGCCUGCGUGCAGAUCCUGGACUUCUUGUCGUUUCAUCAUCUGUUCGGCCCGUGGGCGAUCAUCAUCGGGAACCUGAUGAAGGAUCUCGCGAGAUUUCUCGCUGUGUUGGCGAUCUUCGUGUUCGGUUUCUCGAUGCAUUUCGUCGCGCUGAACCAAGCGUUCAAGAACCAAUCGAUCCAGGACGCACGUAUCGAGGACAGGAAGAAGAAAGGCGCCUUCAACGACGAUUUGUUGGCCAAUGUUACGGAAUGGAUGAUGGAGACGCCGUCGACGGCGCCUCCUCGUCGCUACGGCCGCUACAAGAAAAAGAAUGAGUGUUGUGACGAUAACUCCCGAGAUAUAAAGAUGAACCCGGUACUCGCCUUCGAGUACCUGUUCUUCGCGGUCUUUGGCCAGACGACCCACGGCGAGCUGAAGGUCGAGACCAAUCAGCCGCAGUGGACCUCGGUCCUCUUCAAGCUGGCAUUCGGCGUAUACAUGUUGGUCUCGGUAGUCGUAUUAAUUAAUCUGCUGAUCGCGAUGAUGAGCGACACCUACCAGCGGAUACAGGCGCAAUCGGACAUUGAGUGGAAAUACGGGCUGAGUAAACUGAUCCGUAAUAUGCACAGAACGACCACCGCUCCGUCGCCCCUAAACUUGCUCACUACAUGGAUCGUGUACUUCAUCAAGGUGUGCAAGCAACGCGCAGCCAAACGUAAACGGCCCUCGUUGGUCCACAUGAUGGGACUACAGCGGGCCGGUCGUCUGUCGCCAAGAUCGAAGAUGGGGGCGAAAUGGUUGGCGAAAGUGAAAAAGGGUCAGGUCAGACCGAAAGACAGCGUCGCCCUGUCCGUGGUGCAUUUAAGUCCUCUCGGUAGCCAAUUGUCCUUCAAUAGCGCGACCAGGAUCGAGAGCGUGGUAGACUGGGACUCGAUCAGAAAGAAAUACCUGGCACUGACCGGCAACGAACCUGAGAAAGAAGCGGACAAGGAUGACAAGGACGAAGAGAACGAGAACGAGGAGGAGAACGGACCGACGGCGACCAACUCGUCCACGGUACCAGCGACGACUUCGACGCCACCGAUCUAG